UAAAAAAAAAAACUAUAUAAACCGACUCCCGCUAUUUCUGCAUCUCUUGCAAAACUCAUAAACGAACUCUCUCUCUUUUUUCCUGUUCUUCUUCUUCCUCUGUUUCUCUCUCUCUUUCUCUCUUUUUCUUUUUCUUGGCGCACUUUGAUGGAAUCCCCUUCUCGUUGCUCCGUCAUCAUCAUCGGCGCUGGUGUUUCUGGUAUUUCGACGGCCAAGGUAUUGGCCGAGAACGGCGUAGAGGACAUAACAAUUUUAGAAGCUUCGGACCGUAUCGGUGGGAGAAUCAGGAAAGAAGGUUUCGGUGGCUUUUCGGUGGAACUCGGAGCCGGUUGGAUCGCUGGAGUAGGUGGAAAAGAGUCGAAUCCGGUUUGGGAACUCGCCGAUAAAUCCGGACUCCGUACAUGUUUCUCCGAUUAUAGUAAUGCUCGCUAUAAUAUCUAUGAUAAAAGCGGGAAAAUUUUUCCGAGUGGAAUAGCGGCUGACUCGUACAAAAAGGCAGUGGAAUCGGCGAUUCAGAAGCUGAGGAAUGAUGAGGCAAAUCCUUGUGGUGGCGACUUAUCCAAAGGAACCGAACCGCCUUCCAUGCCCAAAACGCCUAUGGAGCUCGCCAUUGACUUCGUACUGCACGAUUUUGAGAUGGCAGAGGUUGAACCCAUAUCUACUUACUUGGAUUUUGGAGAGCGAGAAUUUUUAGUUGCUGAUGAAAGAGGGUAUGAAUUUUUGCUCUACAAAAUGGCUGCAGAUUUCUUGUUUACCUCUGAAGGAAAAAUCUUGGAUAGCCGUCUCAAACUCAACAAGGUUGUUCGGGAAUUACAGCACUCGAGAAACGGCGUUACGGUAAAAACGGAGGAUGGUUCCGUUUACGAGGCAAGUUACGUGAUUUCUUCCGUCAGCAUUGGCGUUCUCAAAAGCCAACUAAUUUCCUUCAAUCCUCCUUUGCCCAAAUGGAAAACGGAUGCGAUAGAGAAAUGUGAUGUGAUGGUGUAUACAAAGAUCUUUCUUAAGUUUCCAUAUAAGUUCUGGCCAUGUGGCCCCGGAAAGGAGUUCUUCCUCUAUGCCCAUGAGAGGAGAGGCUACUACACGUUUUGGCAGCACAUGGAGAACGCAUACCCUGGAUCCAAUAUCCUGGUUGUGACGUUGACAAAUGGGGAAUCUAAGCGUGUGGAAGGUCAGCCUGAUGGAGAUACAUUGAAAGAAGCCAUGGGGGUGUUAAGGGACAUGUUCGGGCCCAACAUUCCUGAUGCUACUGAUAUACUUGUGCCUCGUUGGUGGAACAACAGGUUCCAAUGUGGCAGCUAUAGCAACUAUCCCAUAAUCUCUAAUGACGAUGUUGUUCAGAAUAUCAAGGCUCCCGUUGGACGCAUAUUCUUUACCGGAGAACACACAAGUGUAAGAUUUAAUGGCUAUGUCCAUGGCGGAUACCUUGCAGGUAUUGACACCGGUAAGGCUUUAUUAGAAGAGAUGGAAAAGGAAAAGAAGGAGAUGGAAAGAAAAAGCGACAAUCAGACAUUUUUAUUAGAACCUUUGCUUGCAUUAACUCUAACUCAGACAGAAGCAGUAUCAAAUCUCCACAAAUGUGAAAUUCCUACACAGCUAUAUCUUAGUAGCAAGAUCGGCAUUCAAGAAGCGAUAUUAUGACUAGAAGAACCUCUAGACUAUUCUCACUUUGCACAAGUCGAAAAUAUGACCAUCGAAGUUGAAAACAUGACCAUUAGGAAAGAUGGCAAGAAGGAUUUGGAUCUAAAUUACGAUCUGAAUCCUGUCUGAGCUCUUCGAUUCCAUCCAUAAUUUAGAAUGAAAGUUUGGAUUAUAGGAGCAGAGAAUAGGGGAAAAACAUGUGGUGGAAAGGUGCACAGUUUUUUCCUAACAGUUACAAAUGUUUCAUUCGAGUUAAAAGGAGUACUUCCAUGGAGGUCCUGGUUUGGGAUGUUGGAGUAAAUUGGUUGGCAAUGCAUAAUCAAAAUCAAGUUCAUUGUUGGAAGAAAUUGGAAAUACUAAGGUAUCGAGUACUUGGGUUCCAAUUGUAUUAGAACUUCAUUAAUGAAUGAUAAAACUCUCUUUUCUUAUUUA